AUGUCGGGUAUACCGCGCUCCCACACCCCGGCCGGCGGUUCGCGCCUCAGUACUGUUCCGUCGCAGAAACCACGCCAGCUCUCACACCUACAAGCGCAACUCGCGCAGUUGACGGCCAAUAUGUCAGAUCUGGAGAGCCUGAUGCGUAUGACGGCUGGCCAGGCGCAGGACAUGCGUGGGUUAGGUGGCUAUGCUGGUGCCAUGUUCAUGGCAGCGAGCAAAGUCUUGGGUGAAGAGACGGUCAAGGGUGGAGGCAGUGAUAAGGAAGGGAGAGAAGGAGAUAAGUGA